AUGGCGGCCGUAGAUCAGACCGAGACAGAGACGAACAUAGCAGCGGCGGAGAAGGCGGAGACAGGAGAAGUGGCGACGGAGAGCGAAGCGCUGGUGAAGCAUCCGUUGGAGCACCGCUGGACGCUCUGGUUCGACAAUCCGCAGCAACGCGGGAAAAGCGGUGGCUCGUGGGGAAGCUCGCUCCGCGUGAUCUUCACCUUCGGAACCGUUGAGGACUUCUGGUGUUUAUACAACAACAUAGUGCAGCCGAGCAAGCUGAUGAACAAGGCGGACAUGCACCUGUUCAAGGAGGGCAUUCAACCCAAGUGGGAGGAUCCCAAGUGCGAGAAGGGCGGCUCCUGGACCAUUUCCUGCUCGCGGAGCAAGGAGUACCUCGAUAACAUGUGGCUGCACUUGAUGCUGGCGAUGAUUGGCGAGCAGAUCGACGAGGGCAACGACAUUUGUGGCGCCGUGGUGAGCAUUCGACCAAACAAAGACAGAGUGGCGCUCUGGACUAAAUCGGCUGCCAGCGAAUCCAUUCAGACGAGCAUUGGCAAGCAACUGAAGGAGAUUCUGGGCUUGACGGAGCAAAUCGGGUUCUCCUCUUUUGCGGACCAGAAAGGGUCAAGGAAGCGGUCGGCGACGCCCGAGACGACGAUGCUGUACGUGGGGUGCCUCACGCGCAACGUCAACCAGGACCACCUGCGCGAGAUAUUCGGGCUGUACGGCGAGCUGAGCAAGGUGGAGAUCGCAAUGGACCGCGUCGUGAACCUACCCAAGGGCUACGGGUACGUGGAGUUCAAGAAGCGCGCCGAUGCGGAGAAGGCGCGCCUGCACAUGGAUGGGGCGCAGAUCGAUGGCAGUGUGGUCAGCGCGCAGUUCGUGCUCGCGCCAAAGCCCCAGGCGGCGCAAGGGGAAGGUCGCCGUCCCCGCCCCGAGGGGGAAGGAGGCGCUCGCCCGUGCGGUACGUGGGGGGACACGGGGGGCGGGAAAUGGCGUGUGGGGCUGGUGGUGCGGUUGGUUGGUGGUGGGAAGGGCGCAGGAGGAACAAGGGGCCAUUGUCAGAUCCAUUUGCCGUUUGAUGCGUGGAUCACCCAGUGUUUCCCCUCCAUCUCCUUCUCUCCCCGUGGUUGUGUUCCCCCGUGCUUCCGCCCUCUCCGCGCCCUGCAGCUCCCCCCCUCGCAGGCAGCGCAGUGCCUCUCCCCCUCGCCGCGUGAGAAGCCCCCCCAGACGCCGCUCCCCCAUCCCCUUCCGCGGCCGCAGGUACCCGCCCUCCCUACCCUACCCUCCCCACCCUCCCCACCCUCCCCACCCUCUCCGCCCUCCCCACCCUCUCCGCCCUCCCCGCCCUCCCCACCCUCCCCGCCCUCCCCACCCUCUCCGCCCUCCCCACCCCCCCUGCUAUCACCACCCUCUCCACCCUCCCUUCCCAUCUUCCUCGCCCUAUCCACCCUCCCCAUCCUCCUCACCCUUCGCACCCUCCCACCAUCCCCAUUCUUCCGACCCUCCCCAACCUCCUCACACUCACACGCUCCCCCUUCAUUUCUGGGCUCGUCGGCCGGAUCCCUCUUCGCUCUCGCCCGCUUCCUCGUCUUCAUCCCACCCGUCCUUCCGCUGACCCUCGAGGUCGCCUCCUCGCAAGCGGGCAGCCAAGAGCAGCCCCAGCAGGUCCAACAGCUCUCACUCCUCCAGUGA